AUGGAGGCGGAUGCUGACCUUGGCUCUGUUGCGGCCGCGUUUCGCGGCACCGAAGAGUACGCGGCUGCGUUUGACUUGGAGGUGUGGAAGGCGCAGCAGCAGGCGCGACUGCGAAGUGAGUUGGGCGAGGAGAAGACUCGGCUGAGGAGGGAAGUGGCGGCGGAGGUGCGAAAGAAGGAGGAGGAGCGUCUGGGCGAGUUGGAUGCAUUCCGCCGGGAGCUGGAGCAGGUGGCGCAACGGCUGCAGCUGCGGGAGGAGACGCUGCAGAGGCGCAUCUCGCAGUUUGAGGCGCGUGAGGCGGUGUUUGAGGCGCGGCGGGUGAAGGUGGCGGAGCAGCACGAGCAGCACCUGCUCGCGGUGGAGAGCCGCACCCGCCGGCAGCUGGAGGAGGCCGUGGUGCGUGAGGGCCUGCUCCAGGCACAAGCGCGGGAGCGGGAGGGCACCGUCGCCCGCCUCGAGGAGAGGCUUCGGGCGGCGGAGAACGAGCACGACACGCUGCAGCGAUACCUGGCCCGCACCGUCGCCGAUGACAAGGAAAAGGCGAGGGUGGCGCGGCUGGAAGAAGAGUCUGCGGCAGCCAACGCGGCGGUGGCGGCGCUGCAGUUGAAGCUAAAGGAGCGCGAGGCGGAGCUGGCGGCCGCACGGAAGGAGCGUGACCAGUUUGAGGCGGCGGCAAAGCAGUGCCGGGAUCAGUUGGGCCAACUCAGCCGGCGUUACAGUGAGCUGCAGCAGCAGUGGCAGCAGCGCGAGCGGGCGCUGCUGGAUGCCGAGCACCGACGGCUGGAUGAAGCCAAGCGGCGGCAGCAGCUUCUCGCACUUGAGGCCGGAGGCGGGGCAGGCGGCGACGUGCACCGCUGCGACCUUCUCGGGUUUCAGGUUGCCGAAGGUGCCACCCGCGGCAGCGCCGGCGCUGACCCCACCGCCGCCUUCCUCAAGGAGCUGCAAGCGGAGGUGGCGCAGGGUCUGCGUGAGCUGCGGGGCAAGGAAAAAAAGAAGGGCAGUCGGGCGAAGGCGGGCGGCGUUGCUCCAGCUGGGCCGCGAUUAGUCUACGCGGAGGUGUCGCAGCCCCACCACGGCGGGGCGCAUUCGUCGCACGUGUCAGGCAGUGCGCGAGCCGCGGCUGGCGGAGACGCGGUCAACACCACGCUAUCCUCGCUGACGCAGCGCGGGAGCGAGGGGCAGCCUGAGUCGGGGGAGCCGCCGCACGGCCCUCUGCAGGAUCGGCCCGAAGCCGAGGGGGGGGAGGAGGAGGACGGCGUCGAUGUUUCCUCGUCCUACUGUUACGCGGACGUAGAGUCUUGGAUCGCGGAGCGGGAGGAGCGGCGCGGCGUGCCGCGGGAGGCCGUGGGCGACGACCUCACGCGGGGUCCGUUGCCCCCGCUCCCACCCGCCGCGGCCGCGCCGCCGUUGCCGGAGGAUUUUCUCCAGGCGUCGCGGGCGGCCCUUCCACCCGCCUCUCGGGAGUCGGCCCGGGAGGAGAUGAUGGCGUUCGUCAAGAAGCUGCGGACGAAUAAGCAGCGGCUGCUGGAGUCGGGCGUGUACACGGAGGACGACACCCUUUUGAAGGAGAUGACCGACAAAAUCGCACUCUACGAGGAUUUUCUCCUGCGACACUUUUGA